AUGAUCGCUUCAGGCGUUUGGGCAGAGUGCAUCCCGCUAGCCAAAGCCCACGACCUCAAGGAGGUGCCGACAGUUGCAUCCUUGCCCACAGCGGCUUCCGCCCCGGAGACAAUGAAGAGUGCCCUACAGAAGAUCGACUACUUGGGCAGUGUUCCAUGCUCAUAUAAGGCAACACCAAUGGCGGCGCACUUCGAGCUACAUAUUGAACAAGGCCCGCAUCUUGUAUCGGCCGGUCAGCGAGUUGGUGUGGUCACAGCAGUCCAGGCUUAUCGUUGGUAUCGAUUGAAUGUGAUCGGAAGGGAUACCCAUACGGGGACGACUGCCUUCGAACACCGCGCAGAUGCACUGUAUGCAUUUUCCUGCAUGAUGGUCAGAGCCCGAGAAGUAGCCAAAUCUCGAGGAUGCCUUGCCAGUGUGGGUAUUAUCGAGGCGAAGCCUGGCAGUGUCAAUACCGUUCCCGGCACAGUGAGCUUUAGCUUGGACAUCCGUGGUCCAGAAACCGAGCUGGUGGCCGAGGUAGAGAAAGAGUUGCGCAAGGACUUUGACGCCAUUGCAGCUGAAGAAGGCGCUGGUAUUGGGAAGCCGUGCCGUGUUGAGUGGACACUUGAUUUUGACUCACCUGCCGUGAAAUUCCACGAGGAUUGUAUCAGUUGUGUCCAAGACUCAGCCCAUGCCGUUGUUGCGGAUGCUCCGGUGGCAGAUACAAAGUCACUGGUCCGUCCCAUCAUGAGUGGUGCUGGUCAUGACAGCGUAUUUACCUCGAAGAGAGUUCCCACGAGCAUGAUCUUUGUUCCAUGUAAGGAUGGGUUGAGCCAUCAUCCUGAGGAAUUCUGCUCAGCAAAUGAUUGCGCCACUGGAGCAUCGGUGAUCCUGCAAGCCGUCGUGCGAUAUGAUCGGAAGAGAUUCACAUAG